GAGAGAGAGAGGGAGAGAGAGAGGGAGAGAGAGUAAGAGGGGAGCAGGAAAAAACAGAGUGACAAAAAUAUCUAAUGUCUCUGCUUUUGUUCUGCCUGAAGUAAACUCGCCGUGGAUUCUAGAUAAUGUCCAAGAAUGUCCAUUUCUGGGACUUUGAGCAACUACUACGUGGACUCCAUUAUAAGUCACGAUAGCGACGAACUCUCAGGCGCGGCGCGUUUCUCCGGCGUCCAGUAUCCCGGUUCCACCUCCGCUGCGGCCGAUGGAGCCGGGCACCCCGAACUCGCUCAUGCCGAGUCAUACCCAUCCUGCAGCUUCCAGCCCAAACCUCCCGUUUUCUCCUCACCCUGGGGCCCGUUCAGCCCGCACCACGGAGCCGGUGGCCUCCCGACAGUCUACCAUCCCUACAUACCGGGUCAGCAUGUGCCCACCGCAGAAUCACGCUACAUCCGCUCAUGGCUGGACUGCACUCCGCGGAACCCGGAGUCUUUCCCGGGCCAGAGCCAAACUGGGCAGGUCAAACUGGAGCCCCAGGUUGGCCAUCAAGGCGGGGAGCUUCCCAUCAAAAUCAGCGGACAACACGAGACCACCACGUACAUCCUGGAGUCACUUUCCACGCCGGGGCGCGAGCUGAACCACCAUGCCACCUCCAUCCAGGGAGCAGGAUUUGAAGAGAGCAAGGAUGUUUGCGAAGGGAGUAAGGACAAGGACAGCGCGGAUCAAAACGACCCUUCUGCCAACUGGCUUCACGCCCGCUCCUCCAGGAAGAAGAGGUGCCCAUACACCAAAUACCAGACCCUAGAGCUGGAAAAGGAAUUUCUGUUCAACAUGUAUCUCACGCGGGACCGGCGGCAUGAGGUGGCGCGCGCUCUGAACCUGACAGAGAGGCAGGUUAAGAUCUGGUUCCAGAACCGGAGAAUGAAAAUGAAGAAACAAAGCAAGGACCAGUCAAAGGAGUGACUGGACUCAGACGGACUUUAGACAUGCUCUCUCUCUCUCACACACAUGCAGCCACAGUCUACCAUAUAUCCUGUCCAUCUAAUUGCACCUUCUUUCUAUCGGAAAACAUUUCUAAUGAUACGAGCAGACUAGCUUGUAUCACCGUCGCUCAGUCAGCCGGAGGCUUGGAAACAGCUUUCAGAACAUGCUGAACAAGCUGAGACAAGUCCAGUGGCCGAGCCUCGGACCGGACGACCCAACAGGUCGACCUGAGUCCAGAAGUGGCGGGAAAGCCUGAGGAGAAGGGAGAUUUUUGCUUCCAAAGGCUGGAACUGAGAAAUCAAGGAUGAGGACAGACUUACAGACGAGCGGUUGCUCCUGACAGGCUUUGGUUUCAUUUUCUUGAUUAUUUCCACCUUUUUAAGAAAUGCACAGAGCGUAUUAUUUAUAGAUGCCCCAUGCCUGAUUGUUUUCAAAUAAGAACCUAUGAACAUUUGUGGCCUAUUGUGAAACAUGAGCUGAAAACUUUUGCCGGCUUAACCCCUUUUUGUAUUGUUUUAAAAAUUAUGAAUAUUGUGAAUGAACCCCAUGUUUUAAACAAACUAAAAAUUAUACAGAUUAAAACAUCUUCAGUCAGUUUGUAAACUAUAGAUAAGUACUUUGUGUUAGAAGUUAGCAUAAAAGGGAGUAAACGCCUAACAAAAAACAAUUAAGUGACCAAAAAGG